AUGAGCAACGCCGACGCAGAAACAGAUUCACGGCCUGAGCUUAGCCCUGCCAUUCGCCGUUUGCAAAACAAGCCCGAGAUUCCAACAAUCGAUUUCUCAGUAUAUAAAAUGGACGAUGGCACUGUUGUGAGCACCAAAGAUAGAGUCAUUAAAGACGUGCCUGCACCAGCUGUGCGUAUACCAACGGACGAAGAGUUCUUCAGCAAAGAACGACCUGGCUUGCCCGACAUUACUUUUUUGAAGGACCAUUUUUAUCGUGAGGGCCGGCUCUCCGAAGAACAAGCAUUGUAUAUUCUCGAAAAGGGUACAGAGAUCCUCAAGGAAGAACCCAAUUUGCUUGAAGUAGGCGCACCCAUCACUGUAUGCGGUGAUAUCCAUGGUCAAUACUAUGACUUGAUGAAGCUGUUUGAAGUGGGUGGUGAUCCUGCCAAUACGACCUAUCUCUUUCUUGGUGAUUAUGUCGAUCGUGGUUACUUUUCCAUCGAGUGUGUAUUAUAUUUGUGGUCUUUGAAAAUGUGGUAUCCAAAGUCGUUCUUUUUGCUCCGAGGCAAUCACGAGUGCAGGCACUUGACGGAUUACUUCACUUUUAAGAUCGAAUGUCGCCACAAGUACACUGAACCAGUAUAUGAAGCAUGUAUGGAUUCAUUUUGUGCAUUACCCCUGGCAGCUGUCAUGAACCGCCAAUUCUUGUGUAUCCACGGUGGUUUGUCGCCUGAGUUGCAAACAUUGGAUGAUUUGAGAAACUUUGAUCGCUUCCGUGAACCACCAACCCAUGGCUUAAUGUGCGAUUUGUUGUGGGCUGAUCCAUUGGAAGAAUUUGGACAAGAAAAGACCAACGAGUUGUUUAUUCACAACAAUGUCCGAGGUUGCUCGUACUUUUUCAGCUAUCACGCUGCUUGCGCAUUCUUGGAGAGAAACAACUUGUUAUCAAUCAUUCGAGCCCAUGAAGCACAAGAUGCUGGAUAUCGCAUGUAUCGCAAGAGCAAGACCACUUCUUUCCCAUCCGUCAUGACCAUCUUUUCAGCACCAAAUUAUUUGGACGUAUACAACAAUAAGGCAGCUGUGCUCAAGUACGAGAAUAAUGUCAUGAAUAUCCGGCAAUUUAAUUGCACCCCACACCCUUAUUGGUUGCCCAAUUUCAUGGACGUGUUUACUUGGAGCUUGCCAUUUGUGGGAGAAAAGAUUACCGAUAUGCUACUCGCUAUUCUCAACAUUUGCAGUAAAGAUGAAUUGGCUGACGAGGAGCAUCGAUUGUCAUUGGAUGAGCCAACAUCCACCAAGGAAACAGAGGAACGUAGAACCGUCAUCCGCAACAAGAUUCUUGCAGUCGGCAAAAUGUCGCGUGUGUUCUCUGUAUUGCGUGAAAAUUCGGAACGUGUUAUGGAGCUCAAGACGCUUUCGCCUACUGGUAAACUACCAUUGGGUACAUUGGCUUUGGGCGCUGAAGGCAUCAAGACCGCCAUUACAUCUUUUGAGGAAGCCAAGAAAUCUGAUAUAGAGAAUGAGCGACUCCCUCCUACACGCGAGAUGAAAGAGGCCAUGCUCAAAGAGGAAACGGACAGCAAGCUCCGAGAUGCAGUGCAAGAGGAAGACAAGAAGCUGAAUGAAGUAGCGGAAGCCAUCAUGAGUGAUGCUGAUUAA